AUGCAUCUACUUGCAGGGGACGGCGACUCCUGUCAGGACAUCAACGAGUGCACGCAGGCCGGCCCGCCCGUGUGCCCGCCCGUCGGCGCGAACUGCACCAACACGAGAGGCUCGUUUGAGUGCAAGUGCGCCACGGGGUACACCGGCGACGGAGCGUUCUGCACGGACAUCGUUGAGUGUGUGACGCCUGAGGAUAACGCGUGCAGCGAGAACGCUCACUGCACGAACACGGCCGGGGCGUACGGUUGUUUGUGCAAGGCCGGGUUCACCGGCGACGGAUACACCUGCAGCAAUGUGAAUGAGUGCAGUGCGGCGUCCACAUGUGCGUCCAAUGCAAUCUGCAACAAUACGCUGGGUUCGUACACGUGCAGCUGUCCGUUUGGUCACGACGGCGACGGUCACACGGUGUGCAACGACAUUGAUGAGUGUUUGCGCGUGGGUAUCUGCGCUGGUAACGCCGCCUGCCGCAACGUAGUCGGCUCCUAUCGCUGUGCAUGCCUGACCGGCUUUACCGGCGACAGUCACAGCAACUGCUCGGACAUAAACGAGUGCGAGGAGGCUAGUAGCCUGCACAACUGCGACUUGGCGGUGGGAGAGUGCAUCAACGAGGUCGGCGCGUUCAAGUGCAGCUGCCCGGUGGGUUACAGCGGCGACGGCACUGUCUGCGAGGAUGUGAACGAGUGCGAGCAGACGAUGGAUGCCUGUCUCCAGGGCGCCGACUGUGUGAACACGAACGGCUCGUAUUCGUGUCCCUGUCUCGCUGGUUAUCGCGAGGACGGCGCGCUGUGCACGGAAGUGAACGAGUGCUGGGAGGGAACGCACAGCUGCCACGCACUGUUCGGCACCUGCAUCAACCUGAACGGCUCGUACGAGUGCACGUGCCGCGAGCACUUCGCCGGCGACGGCGUGGAGUGCGCGUCCGUGGACCACUGCGUGACCGGCACACACAACUGCAGUCGCAACGCACGCUGCAGCACUGGUGACGAGACGACUGCAGUGACCAUGGCAACAACAACACCUGCAGCAGCGACAACAGCAGCAGCGGGCACGGUUGCAGCGCUGGCAGAUUCUUCAUUCAACUGCCAAUGUCUACCGGGAUACUUUGGUGAUGGCUAUGUGUGCAACAUCAGCACCAACGCUAAAAGUGGUCAGCAAGAUGCCGGAGCCCAGGCAAUGUUCAUCACUGGCGUGGGUGCUCUGACCUGUGUGGUCGUGAUCAUGCUGGCCGCUUUCUUUGCCUAUAAGUCUGAGACCAGAAAGCGUCCUAGCAUUCUGCAACAGCCAAUGCCCGGCAUGUCUUCUUUUAGCAGCAGGAAGAACGAUGUCGACGAGCACCCGCCACAGCUCCAAUUCGACAACAAAGCGUAUGAACUGUUCUUGAGGUAUGGAAGCAGUGCCACGUCGACGGACGACUACACCACUACGUACCACGAGGAGUUUCAGCUGGCAAGAGCCGACGCCCGCUCCCAGUCGGUGAGCACCUACACCGACGCCAAGCCGGACCGGCAGCUCUCGCCGGACACGUCGGCCCACUGUCAGCAAGCUGAGCAGAGCCUGCGCGGCGACCUCAGCUGCAGUGCUGGCAAUCUGAGCCAAGAAACUUCCAACUCCACGUCCAACCUCACCGGUGCGAUGUACGACGAAAGGCAAGGAAACGGUAAGCCGAUCAACACGCAGCAAGGCCACACGGAAUCAGGCCACCGUCUCACCAACACUCUCUACGCUAUGUGCUCCUCGUUGCUCUACAGCGUGGUGGGCAAGAAGUCGAGACGGAACAGCGCCACCAUCCCGGUCACUUCCUCACCGUGUUGGUCGAAUAUCAGCUCCCAGCACGACCUCGGCUGUCGGUACAACGUAACUGAGGAGAGACUCGUUGCCAACAACCACUCUGGGUCGACCGCUUCACCGCUCGGCGAAAGCCAGGCCGAAGACUUGGAGCAUUGGACAUCGGCGGACGGCGAUUACCUCAACGUCUUCUCUCGCAGGCCAACAAUAGAGGGAGGAGGUAGAUGGGCCAGUAGGAGAGGUUCGUCAGUUACCACUGUGCCGUUGAACGAAUUCGAAGGAGACUAUGGUGUGAUCGAUGACCUGACGAGGGCCAACUCAAACGACUGGAACCCCUGCGACGAAGAAAAACAGUACUCUCUUUUCAGCAGGCACGUGAACGGAAGCACUAACGAUGCAUACGCUGUAGGCUCAGCAGCGGCAGCAGCAGGCGGGGGCUGGGAAUCUCUGGACAGUGAGCAACAUGCGAGCAGGGCGGCAGCAGACGAACUGUCAAGUUCCGUCCCGGCAAAGUCAAUGCAAGCCAACGGCAAGCCAGUGUCUAUCGACCUCGAUGGCAGCUAUGAAUCUAAGAACAACAGCGGCAGCACUACACCACUGACGGUCUUCGAAGUUUCCAUGACCGAGGCUCAGCCUGACGUGAGCACCGUGUGCAACAAGCAUGCCCUGUUCGAUUUCAGUACGUCCAGCCAGCCCUUGGACGGGGCCUCGGACGAACAAGUCUGCUUGGCCGCGGAGACGAGGCUUGCCGUCUCGGCCACACAGUGUGGGCAUGAGGAAGAUGCCGCCAGUCCUCAGAAGUCGGAAAGCUCUUCUGUGCAGGUCACCUCCAGUGGUAACCAGGUGCCCAGCUUGCUGCUCAAAACCAAGAAGGACAUGGAGCUCGACACGCAGAAUUGUGUUACCGUAGCCCCCGGCGGCGCAAUGGCGGUGUUGGAUCGAAAGACGAGCGCACUGAUACGUGCCCUCUUCUCCUGAGCAGAUUGCUGGCGCGCAGUACACGCUGGUGGGCAAAGCCUCCGUCAAGAGGAACCCCCCAUCAUCACAAACCCACCUCCUGCGCCAUCCAGCCUUUCCGGAAAGGCCGACCAGGACAAGCCUUACUUCCCGCACGUCCCGAACCACUAUUCUUACGUGCGUGCAGAGAGUCUGGAGCGCAACAGCCAAAUGAAAGUGGCCAGAAUGUGCAGCGUUGGCGCGGGAGCUAUGGACAGGGCGUCAUCCGUACAGAUGAGUUUGGAUGACUACUUCGCAGAGGAACUCGGUGGCAACAAAUCUGGCACCGGGUAGUUUGAAGAGGUAUCCUCGGAUGCACACCGCUUAGCUCGUGCUCUUCGCUGUCAUGUCCUCGCUAGACAACCACGAUGCACUGUUGGAUAGUGCCUUCUGCCCCUUUCCGUCCUUUGCUCACACUGGUUUUGUCAACGUUAUUAUGUGCGUAUUGCUUGCUUGUGUCUCAGCUGCUCGGGGCUGCGAUGAACAAAAUAUUUCCAAUAAUCCAGAAUAUGGCUUUCAUUU